AUGACUGACAGACGUAGUCGUCGUGACCGUGAUCGCGACAGCCUUCGAGUACCCCGCGCUCGACCCCACCGUAGCUCGAGGAACUCGUCUGUACGCUCUUCAGCUCGCUCAUCAGCCAACUACGAGGAACCUCGUCAUCGUCACCCCUCGACCGGUCCAACUUCCUAUCCUGCAGCAGCUCCAACUUCUUAUCCUACCAAUAGUCCUUAUUCGUAUCCAUCAGCCGCCAAUUCUUCUCGAUCUCUAAGAGCUGCUUCAUCUCGCUUCUCUCUCAAUGAGCAGUUCGCUGCUACUCGACAAGACUUCAAUCUCUGGGACGAUGAUGCGAGCUCCAUUUAUGACCAAGGCAUCAAUGAAGACGACGAAGAGGACGACGAUGAAGAUGAGGAGGACGAAGACAAGGCUGAAGACAAAGAUGAGGACGAGGAAGACUCUGACUCUGACGACUCCGAUGACGAAGACUCAGAAGACGACGAAAAGGCUGCCCUAAGUUCGACAGAAGGAAAUGACGAUACGUUGCAUGAAAUCAGCAAUACACUACCCAGUUUGCAGGUUUCGGAUUCCAAUUUUUACGACCUCUUCUGCCUCCCGCAAGGCGCACAAGAGCUUUCACAACAGCAGAUCCGAAACGCAUACUAUCGUCUCUUUGUUCUUUUUUACCCUGAGAGCUAUCCUGCGCAUCUGCGUCCAGUUGCUCGCCAACAAUUCCUCCGGGUUCAAGAUGCUUUUGAGACGCUUAUUGAUCCAGUGCGCCGAGCGCAAUACGAUGUAGACCAGUUCGUGCAAGCUGAAGGAACGGAAGCCUUCGAGUCUGAAUACGAAAUCGCGUUCCAAGAAGCUGUUCGGGACCGCAUUCAAAGCAGUAUCAGCACCAACUCUGAUUUGGGUGUUCGACUGGACGCAUCUGAGUCGACCAGUGGCAGACCAAAACUCCAGAUCCUGGACUUUGCUCUCAGCCAUUCCGUCACAAUCGAGCUUCCAGGCGUGCAGAAGCUGGUGCAGCCUCAAAUUGCACGGAUAGAGAGUCUUGCUUCCAAAAACGAGAAGAAACCCGUGGGGAGUCCAUCGCAGCCUGGUGUUCAAGUAGCCACACCCACGGUAACCAUUACUGGAUCUACUUAUGGCAUCUCGAAGGAUCUCUCAUCAGUACCAACUUCACUCUUGUACGAUCGGUAUCAGCCUCUUCUACCCCUGACAAUUUCGAGGCAUAGGCUUAUGCAGCUUGUCGAGAAUAAAUUUGCGCCAUUGGCCACUCUUCAAUAUAGACAAGAGUUCCUCAACCGCAAGCUCUCACCAUCGCCAGAGAAGUUUAGAUGGAUAAAGACAGCUGUUGAGCUCGAGGCGGAUGUUUUGCCUGAACUUACCGCUAGAAGCCGUCUCUACCACCACUUUCUCCUGCCCAAUUUCACCGAGCCUACUAUUGCUGAAGCUAGCAUACAAUCUUCGCGGGAUACUACUGAGUUUCAACCCCGUGUUGCUAUCGGCCUUUAUCAGAAUCUACGCCAUGGAACUGGCUUCCUCCGCGCAGAUACUGGCGAUUGGGCCUUUGGCGCUGAACAGUACUCUCGAUUCUUCUCUGAGCACUCCACGAUAAACCCGGACUUCUUCAACACUGAAGCGCCUGGAGCUACUCCCAGCAUAGAACUAGGUUUCCGAACGGGACAGUCAGACCGAUUGCCAGCCCCGGGUUCCUCGGAUACCCCUGGCGACGAGGGUGGAAUUCGAGGUCUUGACUACGAGAUCAACACAUGCCAGCAUGGAUCAUGGGCUAUUUCCGCUUCUGCAUCGCCUGUCUCGGCGGCUGGUGCUAUAAGAUAUAGCAAGGAUUUGGUCCUGCCUUUCCAGGCUCCGCCAACGUCAUUAGAUCCAGGCAUGCCUGCAGCAGCACGUCUAGAGGCAGAACUCUGCUCAAACAGAUUCCAAGAUCAAUACUUGGCUGUCCGUAAUCUCUGGCCUGUUGGUCGUUUUGCGCGCAUCGGUCUUGAAGUUGGUAUGAGCAUACACAACCUCCACCUCUCCGUCUACUGGUCUCGUCUUGGUCAACGUCUGAGUGUCCCUUUGCUCAUCGCUCCGCGAUCACUACUUGGACCCGACAUCCUCUUCUGGGCUGGCGCCUUGCCAUUUGCUGGCCUUGCUGCAGUGCAACUUGGCCUCAGCUACCGCCGUCAACAGACUGCGCGUUCGCACCGACGUAGUCGUUUAGACAUAUCCUCUACCGAAAAACCAGUCACUAUCGCCCAACACCGAUUUGAAGCCGACAACAUCACUACACUUCUUGCACAACCUGUUGAAGUUCGCCAGAAGGGUCAGAUGACCCUCAAAGGUCUCGUAAUCCUCAGUGCGAGGUUUGGUGUUCCUAGUGAAGACGGCUCACUCGUUCCAAGCGAUGAAGUUGCCGAUGUGACCGUCGCCGUUGCGGCUUUGGUCAGUGAACCUUCUUACGUUAACGGACCUGCCCUUGUGAUCCCUCAAGGAGUGCGCAAGAACCGUCUGCCAGGCUUCUGGGAUCCUGCACCAGGCCAAGACAAGGUUCUCCGUGUUGAGUACCAGUUCAAGGGUGAGGCGGGCUCUAUUGAGGUCGGUGACCAUGAUGAACUUGUUCUUCCACCGCAAGCUUGA